AUGUCGUGCUGUUCUUUAAACGCUUGUUAUCUUGCUGUAGCAGUCUUGUCAGCUGCGCAGUGCCCAUUACUCAAGACCGUCGGUUCCCCUUCACUUGAUGAACUUGCCAGCGGUGUUUGCGCCCUACUUGGAGGUUCUGUUGCUGUGGCAAAUGCUUGCAACUGUCUUACUACUGCCAAUGCUCCAGGUGCUUGCGGCUCUGGAUGUACAGAUUCACGCGGAAUUGGUCCAGGAUAUGCACUCUACACACCACUAUCCACAAAGCUUGCAGGGGAAUCAGUAUGUCCAGGAACUACUGGAUAUUAUUGUCCCACGGGUCAAACUUGUAAGACAAGAACCGGAUCUGCACCUUAUUGUUGCAAUGAUAGUACGGAUUGCUACAAUUCACUUGGACAAUGUGCAGAUACUUCAUGGCAACAAUACAGGGUCACAAUCGGUGCUAGUACUAGCAAUUUUUGCUGCGGAAAUGGAACAAUCAGCGUAUACCAAAGCACAGGUCAAAAUAGUGUUGGUAUUUGUGCAACUGAUCGUCCUGCAUUUUAUACCGCUGUCAGUGCCAUCUCAUCGGGAAGUUGUUCUUAUAGCACCUCCAGCACUGUCCUUUCGAUUACUCUGUCUUCAAGUACAAGUACAAAAUUAAGUUCCUCGAGUUCGCAAACAUCCAGUCUUGCAAGAGAUACACCAAUAACUACGACCAGAUCAACUUCUACCUCAACCGCAAUAUCGACAUCUCCUAGGUCUAGUUCAACUCUGAUACCAGACCCUCCGAUAACUUUUACCAGAUCCAGAUCUACUUCUACCUCAGUCUCAGUACUCGUAUCUCCUAGCUCCAGUUCGACAUUUCAAUCGCUUACCUCGUCAAUAUCAUCGGUGUCGUCUAGUACUUCGAUAUCGAAUCCGACUUCGACGACGCAAAUUAUUCAAUCGCCGACCUCUUCUUUGCCAAUGGUCACAUCCAGUACUUCUUCGAGUGUGAUUUCGACUUCGACUUUUGUCUCUGUCGGCCCGCUUUCCAGCUCAUUCACUUCCCCUGCAACUUCAACUUCCUCAUCCGUCGCCAAUCAAAGUCCACCUACAGUUUCAAAAUCUGAUACUUCGACAUCAUCUACCUCCUCCAAAUCCUUACUAGAAAUCUCACAAUCUCAACCGCAAUCCCAAUCCCAAUCCCAAUCUUCAUACAUUGAUUCCACCACCUCCUCUUCACAAUAUUCCUCUAGUGUAAACAGCCUUAUACCUUCAACCUUCAUCGGACCAGUUACAAUUCAAUCCUCCAUAUUGAAUGAAGCGGAAUCGACAUCUGCACCGGCGGAAAGCCCUGCAGAACCAUGUGAUGCUAGUUUGUGUUUAUUUAGUCGAGUCAUUCCUACUUCUCGCGAGCUUUGAUUUUCUUAGGUCGUAAGGAUGCUGCGGGGGUGGGGGGUUACUGAAUGGUCAUGGACGGGAGAGGAAUAGAUGGGUUUGAGAUGGAAAGAUAUUCAGCUUCUUGGAGGAAUGGGGUCCUGCUGCGAGUUUAUGUUCCUAGUUUUGGAAAUUUCUUUUAUUAGUUUUUGAGAGAUUGUUUGCGAUUUAUGAAUAAAGGCUCAUUUAUGCAUUUAUAAGUCAAGUGUUAGGCCUGU